CACACAGAGUGCAAGAGUUCAAGAGCGCUAGCGUGCGUUUGACUACAAUUAAGGGGAGUGGAAAUAUUUGGGGGAAAGUAUCAGUUUAUUCAUCCACUUUUCUUUUGGUCGGGACGAAGUUGCGCAAGUGUGUAGCCUAUACUUUUGGUUACUUUUCACUGUGAGUCAGGCAAUUAAGGAGAGUGACGCUGCUGUCCACAGCGUGAGCAUGUGUUGCAUGUGAGACACGGAUCUGACUGCGCAGGGUUGCAGAAAAGGACAGAGUGAAAGCGGAACUAGAGCACUCCACACACCAUGAAGAAAGGGGACUUUGGUAAUCAGAGCCUGGAUGAAGUUGGGGCUCUGCAGUGCAUGUCUGGCAGUAAUUAUGGCAGCAAAGGGAAGAGGAUUAAGGUACUAUCCCAUCCAGGGGUCCCAUUAGUGGGAUUGAUGUUGUUGGCCACCCUCCCUUUUGGAGCAAGCAUCAAACAAACUGUCCCCAGGGUCAAACUCAGCCAAAGAGAACUGCUGCAAGCCGGCAGUGUAUCUCUGUUUAUGGGACCCUCUGAUGGCCUGCACUCCCACUCGCUGCUGCUGGACGAGGAGAGGGGUCGUCUUCUGCUGGGAGCCAGGGAUCACAUCUACCUGCUUGACCCUGACAAUCUGGCCAGAGCCCCAAGAAAGGUUCACUGGCCUGCUCCCAGAGACAGAGUCGAUAUGUGCAAACUGGCAGGCAAAAAUGCAAAUUUGGAGUGUGCUAACUUUGUAAGGGUCCUCCACAACUACAAUCGGACACAUUUCUAUGCCUGUGGGACAGGAUCCUUCCACCCCAGCUGUGCUUUCAUUGAAGUCACUGUCCACAGAGAGGAUGGUGUUUUCCAACUGCUGUCUAGUACAGUAGAGUCUGGCAGAUUGAAAUGUCCUUUUGAUCCCUUGCAGCCAUUCACCUCAGUCCUCACAGAUCAGUACCUUUAUGCGGGCACAUCAUCAGACUUCCUGGGCAAAGACACAACGUUCACACGCUCCCUUGGCCCUCCACCUGACCAGCACUACAUACGCACAGACAUGUCUGAAGAAUACUGGAUCAAUGAGGCCAGGUUUAUAUCUGCUCAUCCUAUUGCAGACACCUACAAUCCAGAUGAUGACAAGAUAUACUUCUUCUUCCGCGAGGUGUCGUGGGAAGGAAACGGCAAGAGCAUCCUGUCCCGUGUGGCUCGUGUGUGCCAGAAUGAUGUGGGUGGGCUAAGGAGUCUGACCAAUAAAUGGACCACCUUCCUCAAAACCAGACUCGUGUGUUCGAUCCCUGGACCAGACGGAGUGGACACACACUUUGAUGAGCUCCAGGACAUCUUUAUGCUCCCUACCAGAGAUGACAAAAACCCCAAAGUGUAUGCAGCCUUUACCACCUCCAGCUCCAUUUUCCGUGGCUCAGCAGUGUGUGUGUACAGCAUGGCGGACAUUAGGGCCGUGUUUAAUGGACCUUACGCACACAAGGAGGGGCCCGACCACCGAUGGGUAGAAUAUGAGGGAAGGAUACCGUAUCCCCGUCCUGGAACGUGUCCCAGCAAGACAUAUGAUCCAAGGAUCAAGACCACCAAAGACUUUCCAGACGAGGUGGUCAGUUUCAUUCGACUCCACCCUCUUAUGUAUCGCUCCGUCUACCCUCUGACUGGCCGACCCGUGUUCACACGCGUCCGAGUGGACUACACCCUGACUCAGAUUGUGGUGGACAGAGUUUUGGCGGAGGAUGGACAAUAUGAAGUCAUGUUUCUGGGAACAGACGUUGGCUCAAUUCUGAAGGUGGUGAGCAUCACCCAGGACAAUUGGUCAACAGAGGAAGUGAUUCUCGAAGAACUUCAAGUUUUCCAGGUUCCCACUCCUAUCCUAAGUAUGGAGAUGUCUUCUAAACAGCAACAGCUCUACGUGGGUUCGAGUGAAGGGCUAGCCCAGGUUUCGCUCAGUAGAUGUCAACUGUAUGGCCAAGCCUGUGCUGAAUGCUGCCUGGCAAGAGACCCCUAUUGCGCCUGGGACGGACACACAUGCUCACAAUACAUCCCUGCAUCCAAGAGGCGAGCCAGAAGACAAGACAUCAAGCAUGGAGACCCUGCCAGUCAAUGCUGGGACACAGAGGAGAGUCUUGCUGGGGGACGGGUGGAGGAGAGGGUCCUCUAUGGGGUGCAGAGCAACUCGACCUUCCUCGAGUGUAUCCCCAAAUCUCAACAGGCUCAGAUCCAGUGGUACAUACAGAGACUUGGAUCCGAACGCAGGGAGGAGGUCAGGCUGGAUGAUCGUGUCAUGCACACAGAUCGAGGUCUCUUGAUUCGCUCCCUCCAAACCUCCGAUGCUGGUGUAUAUGUUUGUGUUGCUCAAGAGCACACACACUUUACCCAAACUCUCCUGCGUCUCACGCUGCAACUUGUUACACAUGGACAACUGGAUGGGAAGCCCAAGCCCAGCGAAGACCCUGCGGUGGAGCCACGGCACGGCGGGGAGUCCCGCCAUCGUUAUAAAGACUACCUGAGAGUGAUGAGCGCUCCCUUUGUGUCUCUGGAGGAGUACUGUGACUCAAUGUGGCUGACGAAGAGGCCGUCAAGGGUGCGAGGACGAGGCUUAGGAGCUGGCAAAUGGAAACAUAUACAGGAAAUGAAGAAGAGCCGGAACAGGAGACAACACAGAGAGAGGGAGGAAGAGUGGGAAAAACAGGAGCGAGGGAGCGAGGGAGGGUGGUGAGGACAGCGAAGCAGUGAGCGAUGUGGUUAAAAAAAAACAUUCAGGGUUACCUCUCUAUAUUCACCGGUUGGAUGAAGAAGCAGAACGUGACACUGAACUGCACAAUUGCAAUGACAGAUCAAUCCAUGAGCAAUGUAACUUAGAGUCAAUAAAAGACUAACUCUGAAAUAUACAGUUCAAGAGUUCAACUAGCGAUUUUAAACAGUUUUGGGUUGUGAAUACGUCAUUUAAUUCAUCUGCCAGCAUCUGUCCUGUUUGCAGACAACAUAGCGUUAAAUAAACAUGAGAGACUGAAUAACAAUAAUUAUUGCAAUCUGUAAAACCAUAAAUUUAGCACAGCCAUCCAUUUCACCGGCAAAAUGGUUCCCCCAAUAGUAUAGAAUGACCAUUAAUCAUUUGAUAAUAUUGAAACAUAUAUUUGAAUUGGUGAAAUUGGGAAAAUAUAAAAAAAUAACGUGUGAUGACUAUAAUGUGGUGAUGACAAUGCAUUCAUGUUGAAUGACUGUAAAUAUUUAUAUACCAUGUACAGGAGAUACAGUAUGCUCAAUUUAGUUUUAUUACUGAUCCGUAUAACUGUAAUCAUAAUCAUGUAUUGUGUUUGGGCUGACAAAACGACAUAUUUUUGUACAAAUGCUUCACUCCUAUACUGUAGGCUCAAUAGAUAUUUUCAUAAUUGCUGAUUAUUAAAGUUAUUUAAAUAAAUGUGUCUUUGGGCCUCUCUGCCCUGAAUGGCUUUUUCUUUCAUCGUGUGAAGAAAUAUAAUCAAUAUACAGAAAAUGUAUUACUGUAAAAGAGCAGCUACAGGCAGUCUCAAGUAAACAGCUGACAAGGUUGAGAAUGGGUAAGGGUUAGUUCAGCUGAGCCUCUCCUGAUAUAGCAACACAAGUCCCUGUACACUGUAUACAGAUGUCAGAAUGAUUCAGGACCAGCUGGUCUCUUUUUAUGUGUGUGUGAGAGUUUGUAAAAGAGAGAGAAAGUGGGCAUCUUCAGGAGAAACCAUGCAAAAUAUGAAAGUUUUUGAUCACACUAAGCAAUUUACAGGAUUCCUAGAAUAUACUGACAAAGCUCUAAAUGCAUCAACAUCAUUUUCAUGAGCGUGAAAAGCAAGCAUUAUGCAACCCCAUGUGUCUGACCUGAAUAAUACUUUUAGACUUACAUAAUAAUGUAGAUGAUAUCGUACACAGUGCUUGGGUAUAAUGCUGAAUACAAUAUAACAAAGGUUUCUCUGUGAAAUACAUUGGUCGUGGGAAUCCUUUGUUUUAACAGACUUAUCCAAUUUAGCUGGAGCUCCUGAAAUACUGCAGGUAGUCUAUCACCAGGUAAAUGUGUCCCAUCGGCCAACUCAGGGGUGGCAGCAACAAAUUACAUUUUCUGUUACUGAAACAGUCGUUUUUCUGAGUGCUUAAUAAUUGGUUGUGUUGGUUUGGAGAUAAGGUCUCUGUGCUGUGAUGUGUAUUCGUUAACAUGCUAAUGCACUGUAUUUUGUUGCCUAAAUGUCUUCUUUAAUUGAAUGGGUCAUAUAUUACAUACUAUAUAUUCUUAUAUAUUAGAAUAUUCUUAUAUAUAAGUAAAUGCUUACCUUUUAAAAUGAACGUUUACUCAGAGUACAUUUUAACUGUCUUACAUUUUUUUUUAUCUGAGUACAUUUUUACACAAUAAAUUUGACUUCUACUUAAAAUGUAUUUAAAGGAACGCUAUUUUUACUUGAGCAACGUAUUCUUGUACUCUUUCCAUCC